UACAAUAUGGCGGAGAACGUGAACACGGUGUCUUCGAGUACCGCUGAAGAAAAUGAGGGAAGUAUAUUAUCUGCUGGAGGUGAUACAGCAAUGAAUGUAAACAACACAAACGACAGUAUUGACGUGAAGGCUAUGUCUGAAACCACUGAACUAGAUAAUGUACAGAAUGAGAAUAGCAAGGCAUCGAAAACGAUACCCGUGCCAGAGGCAGAAACAGCAAUGGCUCCCCCUCCAUCGAUUCCAAUGUUUCAAAAACCUCUGACUCUUCAAAAUAAAUCAGGACUUCACCGACCUCAGCGGUCGAAUGCCUUGGCAACAGCAGAACGAGAAAUGUCUGAUAAAACGACAAAGGUCAAGGGUGAAGAGGGACAGAAACCGAGUGAAAUUUCAGAAGUUAAAAAGCCUUUAAGUUUAACGGGCACUCAGUCUUCGUCUGGCAGUCAGAUGAGAAAACCUUCAUUGUCCCCUGCAGAGCAACAGGCGGCUCUCAAAGCCCCAAUUCCUUACAAAGAGCCACCAUGGGGUGGUGUCCCAGAUAAAAAAUACGGAUUUGAAGUACUUAAAAACGGUUUAAUUUUAGACUCUAUUGACUUAACAAAACGUUCAUUUCAUGUAGUUGGUAGGCUUCCUAGUUGUGAUAUUACAUUGGAACAUCCAUCAUUAUCUCGCUAUCAUGCUGUCAUGCAGUACUGUGCUGUUCCAAAUGAGAAGCAUGAACUAGGCUGGUAUUUGUAUGACCUUGACAGUACGCAUGGCACAUGGGUGAACAAAGUGAAGGUACAACCUCGACGUUACUACCGCAUACGUGUAGGUCACAUGGUUAAAUUUGGGGGAAGUUCACGACUCAACAUUUUACAAGGUCCUGAAGAAGACAGAGAAGAGGAAACAGACUUGUCUGUGACAGAGUUGAAAGAACUGAAGGCUAAGCAGGAGAAAGAGAUUGAGGUACUGAGACAGGCUGGUAUUGAUGCAGUGGAGGAAAAACAGAAACAUCUUGUGGCUGCAGAAAGUGAAGGAUGCACAUGGGGAAUAGAUGAUGACAUUCCUGAAGAGGCAGAAGAUGAAGAUGAAGAGAAUGAUGAUAAAAUAGAUCUUGCAACAAGGGAGGAAUUGUAUAUCAAUGAUCCAAAAAAGGCCUUAAAUGGUUUUUUUGAAAGAGAAGGCUGUGACUUGCCUGAAUAUGAAUUAGAAGAUCUGGGAAGAGGCAAGCACUGCUGUAGAGUGGAGCUCCCUCUGGACUUACCAACUGGAGAACCCAUGUAUGCUGAGGCCACGGUGACAGGGAAGAGGAAAGAUGCUGUGGUGGCAUGUGCACUUGAAGCCUGCAGAAUACUGGACAGACACGGAGUUUUGAGAGCAUCCACACAUGAAGGUAGAAAGAAAAAGAAGAAGAACUGGGAAGAAGAUGACUUCUACGACAGUGAUGAAGACAUCUACUUGGACAGAACAGGAACAAUCGAGAAAAAAAGGCAGCAGAGAAUGGCAAAAGUGGGGAAGAAUGAAGAAAAGGCAGAGACCUAUGAAUCCCUAACGGAAAAAUUGCAGCAGGUCGAAAAUGAAAUGCAAGAGAUUCAAGGGAAAUUGAAUAAAGCAAAAGAAGAGCAAGAUAAAAUUAUGGCAGAAGAUGUAGAUGCCCUGGAUGCUUACAUGUCAGCCAUUAAAUCGGGAGUCAUGGACACGAAGACCAAAAUGAGCCUCAAAAGACGUUUGAUAGAACUGAAACAAGAACAGGCUAAAUUAACAAAAAUGGCAAAUAUUGCUAAGCCAGCAAAUAUGCCUGAAGUUAAAAAGUCUGUAGUGGUCCCUAAACCAGACCAGCCUCCUCCAAAAAUGACCAUGCCCAUGUUUGGGAAGAGGAAAGCUACCCCAGUGCCUACAUCACUAAAGCCUCCACCACCUAAGAGCAAUGCACCACCAAAAAUAUCAGAAAAAGUGUCUGAUGACACUGAGGAAGUAGAGGAGGAGGAGGAGGAGGAGGAAGAAGAAGAGGUUGCAAGAGAUUCAGAUGCAAAAGCAGAAAUUACAGAUGAGAAAACUUUAAUGCCAACUGAGAAUGCAAUGGAUCUUAAGGAGACAGUGGAAAAAGAGCAGAUGUUAAAUGCAAGGACUUCAAAUGAUGAAGAAACAAACCAGCAACCUUCACCAGAAAUUAAAGCACAAGCUGUGAAAAGAAAAACAGAGGAGAAAAGAAGACAGAGACCCAAAAAGCCCAGAGGCAGUGAGGAUAAAUCCUCUUAUCCUGAAGAUGAUCCUGAUUUCCAAGUAUGGCUGCCCCCAUCUGAUCAGUCAGGAGAUGGAAAGACCCAUUUGAAUGCAAAGUAUGGAUACUAGAGGCACUGUGAUGCCCCCCCUCUCUCCCCUUCCUGGCACUCCCAGAGAGAUGGGGACCAUGUCAACUUCAGCCAUGAGCUCAUUGUAGAGGACCUCUAACUGGGGAUAAAACAUUUGUUACACAGGACGAUGUGGUGCAGAUUAGGAAGGAAAAAGAGGACAGUGAUAAAUUGUUUCAUCCACUGACCCUCUCUUAUGGUUUAUUUGUCAGAAGUGAACAGUGCUUGUUUAGCAUUUCGUCUGGUCGCUCAACUUUUUCUUCUGUUUUAAGAGAGAAGCUGCUAAUGCUAAUGAUGCAAUUCAAUAAAUGUGAACCAUUAUUGCAGAUAUUUCAUUGUAAAUAAAUAGAUAAUGUUGAA